AUGUUAGUGCAUACAGAUGAGAAACUUCACGAGUGUCCAGAGUGUGGAAAAAGAUUAAGUCGGCUUGAAUGUCUGAAGAUUCACAUGUUGGUGCAUACGGAUGAUAAACCUCAUAAAUGUCCAGAGUGUGGGAAGAGAUUCCGUCAUCUUGGAAGUAUGAGAAGGCAUUCGAAGGUGCAUUCAGAUGAAAGUCCUUUUGAGUGUGCUGAUUGUGGAAGAAGAUUUAAGGAACGUGGUGCCCUAGUAAACCACAUGUUAGUGCAUUCAAGUGAGAAUCCUCAUGAAUGUCCAAAGUGUGGUAAAAAAUUCAGGCAGCUUGGAUAUAUGAAGAGUCACAUGUUGACACAUACAGAUGACAAACCUCACGAGUGUCCAGAGUGUGAGAAAAGAUUCCAUCAGCUUUGUGGGAAAAAAUUCAAGCACCUUAAAACUAUGAAGAGACACAUAUUGACACAUACGGAUGACAGACUUCAUGAGUGUCCAGAGUGUGGGAAGAAAUUCCGUAAUCUUGAAAGUAUGAGGAAGCACUCGAUCGUGCAUUCAGAUGAAAGACCUUUUGAAUGUGCUGAUUGUGGCAGAAGAUUUAAGACACGUGGCGUCCUAAUACAGCACACAUUAGUGCAUACAAAUAUGAAACCUCAUGAAUGUCCUGAGUGUGGCAAGAAAAUCCGGCACCUUGUAAAUAUGAAGAGACACAUGUUGGUACAUACGAAUGACAAACUUCACAAGUGUCCAAAGUGCGAGAAAAGAUUCCGUAAGCUUGCAUCUCUGAAGAGUCACAUGGUGGUGCAUACGGAUGACAAACCUCAUGAAUGUCCAAAGUGUGGGAAGAGAUUCCGUCACCUUUUAAGUAUGAGGAGGCACUCGCAGGUGCAUUCAGAUGUAAGACCUUUUGAGUGUGCCGAUUGUGAGAGAAGAUUUAAGGAACGUGGUACCCUAAUAAAACACAUGUUACUGCAUACAAAUGAGAAACCUCAUGAGUGUCCAGAGUGUGGGAAGAAAUUCCGUGCCCUUGGAAAUAUGAGGACGCACUCGAUGGUGCAUUCAGAUGAGAGACCUUUUGAGUGUGCUGAUUGUGGCAGAAGAUUUAAGGUACGAGGUGUCCUAAUACAACACACAUUAGUGCAUACAAAUAUGAAACCUCAUGAAUGUCCUAAGUGUGGGAAUAAAUUCCGGCACCUUGGAAAUAUGAAGACACACAUGUCAACACAUACGGAUGACAAACUUCACGAGUGUCCAGAGUGUGAGAAAAGAUUCCGUCUGCGUGCAUAUCUGAAGAGACACAUGUUGGUGCAUACAAAUGAGAAACCUCAUUAA